GCCUGCGUCGCGGGCAGAGACUCGUGUGACGGACCAGCAGCGAGCCGUGCGAGCUUUCGUAGAGCGUGUACCCCGGGGGCAGUGGGGAAUCUCGCGUGCUGCCUCUCUGCCUGCAGAGAAGAAGGAAUUCCAGCCUGUUCCUUUAGCCUUUGUUCUUGGUUCCUGUGUUUUUUCGCUUUCACUCUGCCAAGCGCCGCAGUCUGCAGCCAUGAACGGGCCAGUGGACGGCCUGUACGACGCCCUGCACGAUGACGGAUCCUUCAUGUUCACGUCAGAAUCUGUGGGAGAGGGCCACCCCGACAAAAUCUGUGACCAGAUAAGUGAUGCUGUGCUGGACGCACAUCUGAAACAGGAUCCGGAUGCCAAGGUCGCUUGUGAAACGGUGUGCAAGACAGGCAUGGUGCUGCUCUGUGGAGAGAUCACAUCUAGAGCCAACGUAGACUACCAGAAGGUGGUGAGAGACACAAUCAAGCAGAUCGGCUACGACAACUCCGAGAAAGGCUUUGACUACAAGACCUGUAAUGUGCUGGUGGCCCUGGAGCAGCAGUCUCCAGACAUCGCCCAGGGGGUCCACAUAGACCGAGAUGAGGAGGACAUUGGUGCCGGUGACCAGGGUCUUAUGUUCGGCUAUGCCACUGACGAGACUGAGGAGAGCAUGCCUCUCACCAUCAUCCUCGCCCACAAACUCAAUUCUAAGAUGGCAGAGCUCAGGCGGGAUGGCACCAUCCCUUGGCUUCGUCCGGACUCCAAAACUCAGGUUACAGUGCACUACACCCAGGAGCAAGGUGCGGUGGUGCCCAAGAGGGUUCACACAGUGGUGAUCUCCGUGCAGCACGAUGAAGAUGUCUCGCUGGAGGAGCAGAAGCAGAUCCUGAAGGAGAAGGUCAUCAAGGCAGUGGUGCCGGCCAAGUACCUGGAUGAUAGGACCGUAUAUCACCUGCAGCCCAGCGGCCGCUUUGUCAUUGGCGGACCCCAGGGAGACGCCGGUGUGACUGGCAGGAAGAUCAUCGUGGACACGUACGGGGGGUGGGGGGCUCACGGUGGCGGCGCCUUCUCCGGGAAGGACUACACCAAGGUUGACCGGUCUGCUGCUUACGCAGCUCGCUGGGUUGCUAAGUCACUGGUCCAGGCCAAGCUGUGCAAGAGGGUGCUGGUGCAGGUAUCUUACGCCAUUGGGGUGGCCCACCCCCUGUCCAUCUCCCUCUUCACCUACGGCUCCUCUCAGAAGACGGAGAAGGAACUGCUGGAGAUCGUCCACAAGAACUUUGACCUGCGGCCAGGCGUCAUUGUCAGGGACCUGGAGCUCAAGAGGCCGAUCUAUCAGCGAACAGCGUGUUACGGUCACUUCGGCAGGAAGGAGUUCCCCUGGGAGGUGGCAAAGGAGCUGGUGCUUUAGUCGCCAGACCUGUGUGGUUAAGGGGGUGGGGGGCCUGCUGCUACGGGCCAGAUACGUUACGACAAGACCCAGCAGUCAGCGGAGAACUGGGGCAGCUUGUAAUUCAGCCGCUCAAACACAAAGAGUCAGAAAACGGCUGCUAAACCCCACAUACCUCGCUAUUCUGUUUAUUUUUCAAUCAACGCCAGAAAAAAAUUUGGAUGCUCAGCAAGUCUCUUCUUUUUAGAACAAUUCUUUCAAUAGAUGUUCUUCAGUAUCCAUGCUUAAAAUGUAUUUUAGUAUAAUAAUUCAGUAUAUAUGUAAAAAGCUUGCGGGGAGUAUUUUCCUGUCAUGACAUCACCUUUAGCCUGCUAGCCGGUUACUGUCAUGGCAACCGCAGUGCAGGCUCACCAGGUAAAAUCUCGUUAUUCCCACUUCCUGUGUUAAAGUGCCAAGCUGGUUUGUGUUUUGUCAUCUUAAUUCACUGCCUGCUUCUGCAGGUUGGAUAUCUAAUUACUCAAACUUAGGGGACAAUGAAAUCAGAGCUAUAUACUUCACGGGAAUGCCUAUCAGUGGUUAGGCAGAAUUAGCAGAUGACCAAUCCUGCGUCAAGCUGUUCCACGCUGUAUGGCAUGCAGUGGGAAAUGACACAUCGCGCCCAAAAUCAGGCCAGAGCAACCGUGAGAAACAUGCAGGAUGUUCCGGCCUUAGCUUGUGUUUAAUCUCUGCUGACUUGCACGUAUCAACAUCAUGUGAUAAUUUUAGACUAACAUAUUUCAAGGUCAAUGAGACAAGUACCCAAAGAUAAGAAUGAUUCUGGGCUAUACUAAUCUUCAACCGACUUCGACGGUUUAAAACUAAAUGUCAUAGAUGGGCUUUAAAGAAACAAUGCUGUAAUAUAACAACAAAAUGGAUUUUCAAACCCAGUAGACUUUUCUAGCCGUUACAAGUGGGUUUCGGACCGGAGCACCUGCACCAUGCCUCGGAUCUUCGGGUCUAAAUAUCAGCGAUGCAUCAGUCCAAAGACUAUGUGACCCUUCAGAACAUGACAUGGGACCUGUUGGGGGAUUCCUACUAAGGUCCAAUAGCCUGUCCGCUCUUCCAGAAGUCCUUGUGAACCACAAGUCAGAUCUUCAUUUAUACCAUAAUAUCGUCCAGCAUGCGGCGUGUCCCGUCCAGCAUGCGGCGUGUCCCGUCCAGCCUGCGGCGUGUCCCGUCCAGCAUGCGGCGUGUCCCGGCCAGCAUUCAUAAACGGAAUGAGCUUCUCUGCACGCCGUGAUCACAUCUGUUGACAAUACCCUUUGAUUUUGGUUGUAAGUGCCAGUUCUGUAAUUGCAUGUAGGUAACAUUUCAUAAUGGCUGCAGCCUAAUGGCCGCUGUGUAGACGUAUGUUUGGUCUUAACUAAUUGGAGAUUGAUUAUCAUCACAGCUCUGAUUCUCAGUUCAAGCACAAUCCUAGAGACACAACUUCAUUAGUUCUGGGAAGGUGCCAGUUCGUACACUUGUGUUAUUUGUCCUUUUCAGUUCAGUUUGGUAGCCAGUCUACACUUUGCAUUUACAUAAUUUUGUGCUGUUGCUCCAGCUUUGAUGUCGGUUAAAUGAAUUGGACAUGAAUCAGGUGUAUUUGCGAGCCAGUGCUGCUCCUCGGUGUCCCGGAUGAUACACACAUUUCACACAUUUCACUUUUUCGGGAGGCACCUUCGACUCCUUGAACAUGUGCAAAAAUUCAAGAGUCCUAAAACAAAGUGUGUAGAAAUUGCUAAAAUAUUUUUUCCCCGCAAAAUCUGGAAUUACAUUUCUGCAGUUCAAGUGCCAGUUCCGCGUUUUUAUCAGAAACCAAAUGUCAGCAUAGUCUCCCGGCGAACAAACGGCUUACAAACCACGAGUCGCCGUGUUGUAUUGUUAUGAUAAAGCAAUAAUGAGCCAGAAAUGUCCCGUGACCCUGGGGCUCUGCAAAGGCAUAGUUAUGAAACAAGCUCACCACCUGACCCCCAGGGACUGGGGUGAGGGACCAAAUUCAGGGAGCUAAGUAACGUCAUGCAUUUCGUGUUUGUGUUGCAGGAGGGACACAUUUUAACUGCGCACAGGCUGGGGAGUCUCCUCAAGGCUAAUUGUCUUUUAAUCCGCUACCGCUUCAGCGUUAACGUUUGGUCUCCUGAGGGCAGACCAAGGUGCUGCUUUGCUGGCCAAAUCUCCAUCCUUAUAGUCUUCAUUCAUCUACAUCCUCAAAAUUAGGGGUGGGCAAUAGUAUCUGCAAAGGGCCAGUGUGUAUACAGGUUGCUGGGGUAACCUUUAGGUCAGCUGUUCAAACCCACAUGUGAGGACUCCUCAGUCUUCUGAUUAGUAAUAUAAUUGAGGAGUUGUAGCAAAAAACUUUAUUCAUUGCGGCCCUUUCUGGACAAGACUGACAACUAGAUCUUUUGGAGAAAUCUAAAAUUGUAAAUAAUUUUUUACAAAUUAAUAAUAUCAUCUAAAAUGGCAUGUUUUCUGUUUAUUUUUUAGAUGUAAACAUAAAAUCAGAAAGAAAAUAAA